GAUCACAAAAUACAGUAACUUUGUUGGUGUUUCUAUCUUUCUGAAUGGCAAGAAAGUCAAUGUAGUGCAGGCACUAUGGACUCUUGACCCUAGGGAAGUCACAGAAGAGAUGCAUGAAGAGUUUUACAGACUGAUCGCUAAUACUUACGAUAGGCCCAGAUACAGUCUACACUAUAAAACAGAUGCUCCACUCAAUAUACGGGCCAUCUUCUAUGUACCUCAAUAUAAACCAUCAUUAUUUGACAUGAGCCGGGAGACAGAGGUCAGUCUACAAUUAUACAGUCGGAAAGUUAUGAUUAUGUCCAAGUCAAAUACGAUAUUACCCAAAUGGCUCAGAUUCAUGAAAGGAGUUGUGGAUAGUGAGGAUAUCCCACUGAAUUUAAGCAGAGAGUUGUUACAAGACAGUGGACUGAUCAGAAAGCUGAACCAGGUGCUUACAAAUCGUCUGAUAAAGUUUUUCCAAGAUAAGGCUAAGAAAGACCCUGUGGAGUAUCACGCUUUCUAUGAGGACUAUGGCUUAUUCUUCAGAGAGGGUAUAGUUACCUCCCCUGAACAGGAUACUAGAGAAGGCAUCGCAAAGCUUCUUAGGUUUGAGUCGUCCAAACUUCCAGCAGGGGAGAAAACCAGUAUUGAAGAUUAUUGCAGCAGAAUGAAGGCAGGAAAAAGAAAUAUAUUCUACUUGUCAGCUCCAAGUCGGGAAAUUGCUGAAGGAUCCCCAUACCUGGAAGCAUUGCGGAAGAAAGAUGCUGAAGUUCUGUUUUUGUAUGAACCAUAUGAUGAAUUGGUACUGAUGAAUCUCGGACAGUUUGAGAAGAAAACUUUGAAAUCUAUUGAGAAUGAAUUAGUGGAAGACAAGGAAGACAACACCAACACUGUUGAUGAAAAAGAUGAGAACAGUUUAAAGCAGGAGGAAGCUGAGACAUUGAUGAAUUGGUUAAAGUCAACACUAACUAACAGAGUACAGGAGGUCAAGAUCACCAAAAGAUUAUCUAAUCACCCAUGUGUAAUUACUGUUAAGGAAAUGGGUGCUGCCAGACAUUUUCUACGUACAACGAUUGCUGACCAGUCGCCAGAAGAAAGAUUCCGAAUUCUUCAGCCAACACUUGAGAUUAACCCUAGUCACUCUUUGAUCAAACAGCUGAACAAAUUACAGUCCAGUGAUCCUUACUUGGCAAAACUUUUAGCAGAACAGUUGUAUGACAACGCAAUGGUAACAGCAGGAUUACUGGACGACCCUCGAUCAAUGGUGUCAAGGUUGAACCAGCUUCUUGAGAAAGCUCUGGAAAAAGUAUGAUAACACGCAGGAGACAUUGAUAUUAAAAUACAAACUUUACAGUGUGAAAAAAUAUGUGUGAUAUAAAAUGUAAUAUCAUAAUUUUAUGAUGUGUAUAUGUGGGAUGUAUGUCUCAGUCUGAUGGUAGAAUGUCCGAAAAUUGCCUUCGGGAUGUUGUACCGAAAUAACAAAAUCCGAAAUUUUAAAGGUGCAAAAUAAAGACAAAUGAAUAGACAUAAAUCUUAAAAAAAGACUACACAUUUUGAAAUAUAGUACUAAACAUUACGAUAGCCGUGCAAUAUUCCCUUGAAAUCAACACAUGUACAGAGAAACAAAUGAUUGUUUCUGUAUUUUCUUAGACUGACAUAGGGGGUCAUUUUGUCCUACUUUCGUGUUUAUCGCUUUUCCGUAAUCGGUCGGAAAUUCUUUGGGAUCACGUGAUUUUAAAAUUGUUUCAAACGAAUAUCCAUUUAAGACGAGCAACAAAAUAACUGUAUUUCCAUGAUGAUAAUUAUGCACGACUUGCACGAAAAAUAUGAGAUGUACAAAAUUUAAAUUUAAAAUUGACAGUGACAGAUUUUAGGCUAAGACAAUGUGUUUAAUGUCUAAAAUCUUAUUAAAUUAAUGUAGCCAUGUGUACAUAAAUAAGUGUAUUUAGGUAAAUUUCAAUCAUACUUUGUUUCUGCAGUGUAAGACAGUUACUCAUUUAUAUUCUUAAAAUUAUACUGAAAAGAGAUUAAUUGAAAAAGUUUACAGACGAAGUUGUAAAAACACUUUUAUUCAGGAAGGGCCUGAAUUGUCCUUAUGAAAACUUGUAGUAUAGCUGUAUAUUACCUGUAUUAUAAGAAUGAUUUUCAUGAAGUUUUUGUGAGUUACAAAAUUGUUGAAUUCCAUGUGCUAAGUUUGUAAAAAUCACGUUAUCGUUUGGGCAUAUGAUAUAUUUUGCAUCUAUUCAUAAAUUAUAGCCUCGUUUCGGAGGAUUCUUCCGAAAAAGUCCGAAGAUGCUCGACGGGUUCGUAAGCAGUCGGAAAGCAUACUUUCGGUUUGACAUAGGCAACAGUUUUUGUUUAUUUGUUAGUUAUUCUUGAACAUAUUCAUGACUAUUUGGUCAGAACCGAUGCAGUGGGCCAUAUUUUCAGUAAAUAGGAAGUUUCAGCUACAAACUCUGGUUUUCAUAUAAUACUCGUUCGGGUUUUAGUAAUGGACCUUUAAUAACUUCAAUAAGGCUUAUGAAAUCAUUUUUUUUACACAUGAAAAUAGAACAAGACUUUUGAACUACAUUAUGUACCAGAAGCUUUUCUUGUGUAUUGGAAUAUUAAAUAAUGGAAGGAGAAUAAAACAUUGUUAUAUACAUAAGGCUAGUUGCUUUAUAAACAAUUCAGUCCAUUUUCAAGAAAUUUUAGAAGUUAUUAAUUGAAAAUCACAAGUACCAAAAUGAUACAAUUAAAUCCCUUAUAUUUUUAGAAAGUCUUUAAGGUAGUUCUGCACGUUAGGAUCAAAAAAUUUUCUACAAUGUAGAAUUUGAUUAAACUCUGAUUUUUCAAAACUGCGGAAUGUACUAAGAAAAUUCAGCAAAUAAAAAAGAUAGGGUCGUGUGCAUGAUUUUUUGCUAGACUGAUUUGAAAAAGUUCGACCUCACGCAAUUUUUCAUAAUGGGAGUCUAUGGGAAAAACGCAACUUUCAUAACUUUUUCGCGAAUAGAAUUUUUUCUACAAUGUAGAUUUUAAUGAAACUUCUCACAGUCGUAAAUAAAUGUAUGGCCUAUAAUAUCGUGAAAUAAAAUGUAUAGGUCCGUGAGUUUAUUUUUGAGAUAUUUGGCUAUCAUUAAAGUGAACCGUCUAUUUCAAGCUAAUUUUAAGACAUUAUUUUGAAUUAUUUAACGUGUAAGAUGUUUUAAUAUCAUAUUUUAACUUUAGAAAGAUAGAAACAGUGCCAUUUUAAUACAUUUAUUCACUGGUUGUCCUUAAUUCAUAAACUGAUUUUCGUUUCCGUACGCCGAAUCCAGGCAUUAUUCUACGUUUUCCGGAUAAAUGACGUUACGCCAUCACUUCCGGUAUAUCAAACGUGCAGAACUACCUUAAUUUAGAAUAUUUAUUGAUAAAUGUUUCCAGUCAUGUAUCAUCAUAAGUGCAGGUAUAGUGUUUUAUAAAAAAAAUAUGUCUUAUUAUCUCAAAUUGAGAAAUUUCAUAUUCAUAAAUUACCCAGCUGUGGUGGCCUAAUUGAUAACGUGUCUGUCCUACAGUCAGGUGGUCAAAGGUUCAAGUCUCAUCAGAGUUUGAUCUUGUUAAUGGAAGAGUGACAGGUUGGUGAGCCACUAGACAAAUAGAUACUGCUUGCUACCUAGUCUUAGUAAAUAGGAAUUAGCAAAAAAUUGAUGUUAACUGUCUGUAUGACAGGUGUCUCAUAAGCCAACAUGGUUGGCUGUUCAGUAAGGGCGGUUCUAAAAGUAAUAAACACUUCUUUUUUACUUUAAUGUUGUAAAAUAGUAUUGGCUAUAUCAGAUAUUUCAUAAUACUCAUUUUAAUGUUCAUUGAUCAUUAUUCAGAGCGAAGGACUCAAAAAAUAAAGUGUAAAUCCUCAUGUUAGCUUUCGGUUGGACAUGCGCGCAUACAAAUGUUAAGAUACACUACAUUCUUAAAAGAUUAUAAUUGUUAAGUAUUUGCAUGAUGUAGAUUUGUAUGAAAAAGUGAGUAAAAUGUCUGUUGUUUGCAUACUAUAUAUUAUUAAUAAUACAUUGUAUAUUAUUACAUAUUACAUACAUGUUUACAUUAAUCUCCAUGUUCUUACAGUAAGACCAGAGACUUCAAUUAGUUUCCAUUUUGGCAUGUAUAUUUGAUAGGCUGUGUUUAAUGUCUUUUAAAUCUGUUAUUGUGUUAAAAGUGUUUAUAAUUUUGAGAUAUUUUCAAUUGAUAAAGGCUAAAGAAAAACAAAUUUAUAUCAUUUACAACACUUAGUGUAGAUUUGUAUGUAAUAAAAAGAUGCUUAAACUAAUGCAUCUAGAAAUACACAUCUGCUUUGUUCACAGAAGUAAUAUGAGCAGCGCCAUGAGAAAACCAACAUAGUGGCUUUGUGACCAGCAUGGAUCCAGACCAGCCUGUGCUAACAGUUUCUCUAAUUGCAAUAGGCUUUGAAAGCGAACAGCAUGGAUCCUGACCAGACUGCGCGGAUGCGCAGGCUGGUCUCGAUCCAUGCUGGUCGCAAAGCCACUAUGUUAGUUUUCCCAUGGCAUAGCUCAUAUGUUUUAACAUUGCAGAACUUGUGCAUAUUUUUCUAAACAAAUCUUUAGUGGUGUUCUAACAUACUGAUACAUGUAGAAUUAUUGCAAAAAAAACUGCAACUGGGAAUAUAUCUAUGUAAUUGUUUCUUAACUAAGCAUAGUAGCUAGGGACUGGCCCAUUUUUGGCAUAUGCUUGUCUACCCCAAUAUUUGACUGCAAAAUCUUUACUUUUGUAGCAAAAGUUAAAUAAAGGUAAAAAGACCAAUCAUUAUACUUUUAAACAGAAUAGGAAUAGAACUAUAUAUUUUUGGUAAAGUAUUUUUUUGAAGUAUAAUUAGAAAAAUGGAAAAUGCUUUUUUCUCGUUGGCCAAAGUUUUCAUGACAGCUCUUGAAGGUUACUGACCACCACUCGAAGCUUUGAAAUUGCUCCUAUGCCUAUGAACUGUUAAAGUUUGUUGACUCGUGACAAGUUGGAUAUGUUACGAUGGAUAGCAAAAUAAUUUUUCUCAAAUUCUGAUUUUCAACUCAUCAAGAUGGAAAGGAACCUUAGUUCUGUAUUUCUGUCUCUUUGAUGACAUGAUGUUUUGUUGUCUAAAGUUAUAUUCCUUUUCUACUGAAUGUCUCAAAUAACUUCUUGGGAAUAGGGGCCUCCGUGGCCGAGUGGUUAAGGUCGCUGACUUCAAAUCACUUGCCCCUCAUCGAUGUGGGUUCGAGCCUCACUCGGGGCGUUGAAUUCUUCAUGUGAGGAAGCCAUCCAGCUGGCUUACUGAAGGUCGGUGGUUCUACCCAGAUGCCCGCUCGUGAUGAAAUAAUGCACGGAGGGGCACCUUGGGUCUUCCUCCACCAUUAAAGCUGGAAAGUCGCCCUAUGACCUAUUAUGUGGUCUUCCUCCACCAUUAAAGCUGGAAAGUCGCCCUAUGACCUAUCAUGUGUCGGUGCGACGUUAAAUCCAACCAACCAACACAACUUCUUGGGAAUAAAGGCUUAUUUUUUUGUCUACCAAAUAACUCAUAAGCCAACCAAAAAAAAAAAUUUAAAAAAUUAAACGAGACUUACCUUGGUAAAAGUCAAAGUUUGAUUUCAAUUCUUAUUCACUUUUUCUUUAACUUUUUCACCUGAUUCCACAACUUUCUUCAAAGUUGUAUCUCUCGAUUCUUUACUAGCAUCCGUCUUUACGACGGAAGUGAAAAAAUCACACCACGUGCGACCUAAAAUUCGCCUCGUUUCACUAAAUUAAAUUUACUAGAUAUGCACUAUGUGCAUACAAAUUUGUGUCAAAAACUAAUCAAAUAAAGUAGAAUGAAAUUUUCAAUAAAUUCUUCGAUAAAAUCGAUCUACGACCGAUUAAAAAAUCUUAAACUACGAGGCGUGUUUCUUGCAGAAUUGCAACCGGAAAAGUGAUCUGCGCAUGUGCAACCGAAUCUCGGGUAAGCCUGAACGAAAUUCUUAAACAAAAAGAAUUAGAGAAGUGCUGACAAGUUUGGAGCAUCGUUUUAAAGAAUUUAAUCAUAUACCAAUAAAUACAUGUAGUUCAUUUUAAUCAGUUUGUUUAAAAUCUACCUCAGCAAACAGAAUCUGAAUUUCACUUUUUUUUUAAUUCUUAAUUUUUGAAGGAAAUAAAAUGUCCUUGCUUGUUACAAGGCUGCCACAUAGCAAUUAUAAUUUGAUUUUGUAAACAUGUCUCCCAUAUAGUGGUUAUUUGGUGUGUGUAUUUUCUUACUCCUAUGAAGGAUUCCUUGCCACCAAUGUUAACCAUGCAACAAAUCUAGAACACAACUUUGAUUAUGCUGGUUUAAGGUUGUAUUGCACAGUGAAAAUAAAGGUCAUAAUAGCCUGUUAACUCUGUAUUGUUUUACUGCUGGUAGGAUUUUCAAACUUAAAGCCACAAAGCAUAACAAGAAUGAAAUGACAUCCAGUCGUGCUGGGUUGUUGUUGCUUAGGAAGAUCAAAGGUCAGAUAGGGGAUAUUUGACAUCCAUUUUGUAUCUUGUCUGUCUUCCAACACAUCUGUGUCUACUGUAGCUAGGUAUUAUCCAUCAGUUCACCCUUCCAUUUAUGUUUAGCAAAUCAAGACCAGUGAUUGAGAUAUUGUGAAGAAUGCAUCUUUGGGUCAUGUUGGUUCAAGGUCAAGGUUGCAAGGUGGAAUCAAUGGUCAGACAGGAAUUAUUUUGUUUACACUAUCUUUUUACCCAUUGGAAAGAUUUUUUUAACAAUUACAAUAAUAAGAUAAGACAAGUCUUUGGAAUGCAUUUUUCUAUGUUGUGUCAAGGCCAAACAAUGAGAUCAAAGGUCAAACAGGGAUUAUUUCAGGUCCACUGUGUAUCUUUUUAUCCAGUGAAAUUUAGUUGAGCAUUUUAACUUGUUCACCUUCCAACACAUCUCUUUCAACUACAACCGGACUGGUAUUAACUUAAUUCACCCUGCCAUGUAAAUGAAACCUUUUUGGGUGACACACUUUUUCAAAAUCAACCUGUAGUUUGUAAGGAAUAUGGCCAGCAAUUGGUUACUGUUUUUAUUUAUGUUAGAUGAAUGUAUGAAUAUAAUUUACUAGAAGUCUUUAUAAUUGUUACUAAUAAAUCCAGAAAAAAAAGUAUCUAUUAAUUGAGUGUGUUAUUAAGGAUUCAUUCUGACAGUGUAGAUUAAUAUGUGCUAAUUGAUAAUAAAAAAGGAAGAAACAUU